GGAUGUGGUAGACAGCACCAUCUGCUGUUUAGAUGCACAGUUUAUUUUCUGUUUACAACAUUAUUGCUCUGGAAAUCUAAAGUUUCAGGCAAAUUAUAACUAUAGUAGUGUGGUACAGUCUGUACUUUUCUUGAACAUUGAAGUCUCAAUUUACUUCUCCGAUGUCGUUCCGAACGAAACUUUUGGAUUUUGUAUAUGUAAUUUUGCGUGUGCCUCCGCUUUUUAUCAUAGAUGAGUUGCUAAGAAUUGGAUUUGAGUUUGGGCUUCCUCAGGGUGACAAUAAUUAUUCUAAUUCAUCAUUUGAAGUAAAUGAUGCAGGUGCCAGCGUAAUAGGAGAGGAACUGGCAUAUACUAUGCCCGAUUAUCCAGACUUAGUCCAAUAUGAUGACCAGUUUUAUAAAGCAAUUUUAGUUGUAGCCUUCAAAUACAUCCUCUCAUGUUUGGGAAUUGUCACAGCUGUGUGUGUCUUUAUGCUGUGGACCAAGCACCUAGUCGUCGUGUACACAUAUUUGAUUUCUGUUGGGAUCGUUUUUGUUUCCUUCUGGACAAAUGUGAACACCAUGAAGAUCAUGAUCUCAGCCAUGACAGCUAAUGAAACUGCAAGUGGAAUGGGAACUCAAGUUUAUACCAGCAUAUUGGAAGACCUUUUAUCACUAGAUGUAGGAAGACUUCUGGACCCAAAUGGAUAUGCUUUUAUUGUGAUUCAAAAUUAUGCCAUGCAGUGCAUGCUAGCCUUCAUCUUCUCCUAUGUAUAUCUAGGGCCCCGUUACCCUAUUAUCCAAAAAUGUCUUCUUGUCAGUUUCAUGGCUCCGUCCAUCUUAGCCAUCCUACCACUGCCUGUCUCCAUCCUGCAUCAUGCACCUGUGUUUGCAGCUUUGCUUCCAUUGGCACUUGUCAAGUUUAUUCUGUGGUACAGUGCUCUCACCGUCAUUCAGACUGUCUGUGGCUGUUAUCAACGUGCAUGUAAUUUUGUAAGUAACUUCGGUCUAUCAGCACUGGUUGAAAGAGAAUGGGUACGUCUGAAUGUACCUGUAGUACUGCGUACAUUUUGGCUUCUCCGUGUUACAGAACAUGCAGUUUCAUUGUUGUCAGACUAUUUCAGUGUUUCAGAUGACCAGCAAGCCCAACAUAACCUCUUGGCUUUCACAGCUAUGUUUAGCAUAACCAAGAGUUUGCUUGUAAGUGGGUGUGAGACAUUAACAGCUGUUCUUGGGAUGACCAGCAUUGUGUCAUACAUAUGUCACUAUGUUGGUAACUUCUUCCAAUGGAUCCUUCUCACAGAGGAUGAUGAUGACAGAAGCAUUGGAACAGUGUCAGCCAUCCUGUUUUACAUUCUGGCACUGCAGACGGGUCUUACUGGACUUGAUCCAGAGAAACGUUUUAUUCGCUUGUGUCGGAACUUCUGUUUGCUCUUCACGGCCCUCCUCCACUUUGUACACAAUAUUGUAAAUCCUUUGCUGAUGUCACUUAGUGCCUCACACAAUCCUUCUCUGCAUCGACACGUGCGUGCUCUGGCUGUGUGUACCUUCCUCAUCCUGUUUCCAGCAUCACUGCUCAUCUAUCUAUGGUCUCAACAUGCCACUAGCACCUGGCUGCUAGCUGUAUCUGCCUUCAGCAUUGAAGUCAUAGUUAAGGUCGUGGUGUCUCUUAUGAUAUACUCGCUCUUUCUGGUGGAUGCCUAUCGAAGUUCUUUCUGGGAGAAGUUGGAUGAUUAUGUUUAUUACAUACGGGCAUUUGGUAACACAGUGGAAUUCUGUUUCGGUAUUUUUCUGUUUUUUAAUGGUGCUUGGAUCUUGAUCUUUGAGUCUGGAGGUGCAAUAAGAGCAGUCAUGAUGUGUAUCCAUGCAUACUUCAACAUCUGGUGUGAGGCACGGGCUGGGUGGAGCGUGUUCAUGAAGCGCCGCACAGCAGUCAACAAGAUUAAUUCCCUCCCUGAAGCCAACACUGAACAGCUCCAUCGCCUUGAUGAUGUCUGUGCCAUCUGCUACCAGGAAAUGAGGAGUGCUAAGAUCACUCGCUGUAAUCACUUCUUCCACGGUGUUUGCCUUCGAAAGUGGCUGUAUGUGCAGGACCACUGUCCACUCUGUCAUGACAUUCUUUACAAAGUUGAGAUGGAAACUCCGAAAGACAGUUUCAGAAUUGGUGACAUGGUCGAUUCCAGUAAUAAUGAAGCCUCAACUUCUGCUACGAGAAAUAAUAGUGAUGAAACUGAGGAACCCAUAUAUCAAAAUAGUAGUCCCGUUACUCUUGAACAGCAGUCUGCUAAUGUGACCAGGUGAAAUAUAGGAACUUAGACUGAGCCUGUGAAAUUGAUUUUUGGAUGAAUGUCGGUACUUUGGGAGACGGAAACAGUGAACACUAAAAAUUGUCAUAAAGUGAUAAAACAGUAAUAAAGAAUUCAACAUUUUUGUCAGAUAGAAAUUAAAAUGUCAAAUAUAAUAUUGUCAUUACCAACACACCGUGACCAUAAUUUCUUUGAAAUAUGAUUAAGUCAUAAGGGUAACUGAUUUUAUUAAGAAGAAAACCGUAUUUUUCAUUCCCUUCAGUGAUUUGCUGCUGUGUGUGAUCAUAUGGAAAUUACCCUUAGGAGAAUGAAAUGUGUAAUUGUGUCUGAAUGUGUGUGUCUCCAGGUGUUUUGCCUCUUAUCACUCCUGACUUAAAGGAGUAAUUUAAAAAUGCACAGUUCUUGAAUGUUUCAGUCAUCUUUGUUACCGAGCAGGUGACAUUGUUAUAACUUUUUUAAUUAUUGUUAACCAGUGGUUUAUAUCACAUGGUAAGUGGUACAACAUAGAUGUUAAAACUAGUUGAAUGAUGGACUGAGUAUCUCAAGCUUUCAUUGUAUUUAUUUUCAUUUACAGUUACUGUAAGUAUAAGAUUUUAUUUUAUGAAAGAUAAAACAUAAGUGAAUAUUUUAUGCACAGAAUGUUUAACAAUUGGUCUGCCAUAUGGGGAGGAUGUUGCAGGUAAUAUCAAGUAAACAGUGUUGAUACAAUAUUGGUCCUACUUCCACAGUUUCAAUAUGCAUGCAAGGAAAAUAAAUGAGAGUCCUAAUUGCAUGAAUGCAUUGCUAGUUUUUAUAAGUUACAUCUUAAAACUGUUAUGAAAGUGUUUACUCUCCAUUGAAUAAUUUUUUAAUGCAAGCAACAGCAUCUGUAAUCUGCAGGGUUUCCUCUUUUGGUUAUACUGUGGUUCUACAAGUAAUUUCUUUUAUUAGACCCCAUAAAAAUAAAUCAAGUUAGGUUAGGUGCAAAGUUUUCAAUGGCCAAGAUACUGGACCAUGAUGACUAAUCCAACAAUUUUCAUAAUGCUGAUUUGAGCAAGCCAGGACUUGAGAAUCAAAACAUGGAGUCACCUCAUCAUGCAGAAUGAAGACCCUAUGCCUUGUCUCUAGAGGCAUGGCCUCCAUUAAAAGCAGCAGUUUGAAAUGAUUCAUGGGCUGCAAACUCUUAUCUGGAAUGAGCAAGGCUGCACACACUGAACUUUGACAUACAUUUUGAACAGUUACAAGUUGUCUCAUAAAAUGUGAGAAAUUUAACUGAUUUAUUUUGCCAUGUGUGCAACUUGAAACUGCCAUAGCUCUGCAAUGGUCAAAAGUAGGAUCAUUGUUGUAUUAACAUUUUUUUAUUUGAAAUUAGUUCUCAGAUCGCCCCUUUAUGCAGAACGAUUUUGAAACACACUGUAUAUUUUAUUAGUCCCAGUGUUAUUAAACAUAUUUCAUACUUAAUGUGUUGUUAUGUUCCCAGUUUAUAGAAGAUAGAAGUAUUUACAUUGCAGCAAAAAGUCAAAUAAUUUUUGGAGAGUUGGGAAAAUCUGUGCAAAAAUUUUUUUUCUAUGUUUUCGUUAGCAUAAGAAUUGGUAACUUUUGUAGAUUCUUCAUAAAUAUAAAUAAAUUAUUGAUUCUUGUU